AUGAAGUCUUGCUUAUAUUCUAGGUUAUAUUCUAUUCAGUCUAGGGUGGUCCAGUUGCCCCCGUUGGUUGGAGAUUGGUUUACCAUGGGGUUCUAUCCUACCAAUGCGGCAAGGGCCAUUCCCCUGGCUGAGCAAAAUCUAGAGUGUGCUGCUAUGCACUCCUGUAAAUCUUGGAUUGCAUGGGUAUGCACCCCAGUGUUUUUCUCUUGCUCACUGCAGCUAUUCACUCCAAAAACUUUGGAGAGUCCCUGGCUGAUAUCUGUCAGCUUGUCCCUGAAAAAAGGACAACCUGACCUGUUUUGGUUAAAUCAUAAACAUCAGAAGCGCGCGCUUGAGAAUCCGCAGCAAGAGGAUACAGCAUUGGGAUCCCUGCAUCAUCCCCAUUGCUGGUCCUCAGAUGUCACACUUGAAAAGGAAAAGACUAAUGUCGACCACGCAAACCUCUUACACCCAACUCUCAAGACUCAAAAAAUUGCUACACUACGCUACGCUAGCGCUAUGGUUAGCGUAGCUGGCCCACCGUUGGCUCCGGCCUACCGCUACCGUCAGGAGACCACCUUCGUGAUCGAAUACCCCUAUCACUAUUGUCUUUGGCUCAGAGGAACUUCAAUUCCAGCGCGUAAGAGGUGGAGGGCCAAAAAUUGA